AUGGAAGAUGGUGAAUUUGGUGAUAUGUGGCUAUUAGGUGAUAGAGGAUAUGCCUUGAGGUCAUUUCUUUUAACGCCUCUAGCUAAUCCUACAACAGCAGGAGAGCAUCUGUAUAAUGAAAGCCAAAUAAGGACGAGAAAUGUGGUUGAGAGGACAUUCGGAUGUUGGAAACGAAGAUUUCCUGCAAUUGGAUCCAAGUUGAGGGUCAAUUUGAAAUAUAUGCAAGCAAUUAUAGUUGCAACAGCUGUUUUACAGAACAUCUGUCGUAAGAUGAAUGAGGAACAACCCCCAGAUUUAGUAGAUCUUUACGAGGAGAUGGACAUAGUCCAUGAAACUGCUCCAAACUAUCAAGAUAGUACUACAGCACAAUUAAUUUCAACAUAUUUUGACAGAUUAGCAGCUACUUAUACAUGA